AUAAGAAACAGUGUUGCAAGUCGAGUUUGCUUCACACAAAAAAAAAACUAUUCUCUUUUAAUUCCUGCUCGUCAAAUCUUUUUAGUUUAUUUAAUUUAUUUUAACCGCAUUGGAGUAAAAUGGGAACCGAGGAGGAGCUGGUGUUCCGCACCUUCCAGCGCCUGAAGAGCUACAUGUUCGACGACGAGAAGGUGUCCACCACCACAUCCCGCGAGCAGCAAAAAACGGAGGGUUCGGUGGAGAAAUGCUUUGACCGCUUCGAGCGGAUGAUGCUCACCCACCCGCGCCUCACCCAGAUCUUCCGGCUGGAGCACCAGUACUACCUGGACGCGAUGCUGAGGCGACUGCCCUCCAAUUACGAAUGCCUGGACAGCAGUCGUCCGUGGUGCGUUUACUGGAUCCUGCAGGCGGCCCAGCUACUUAGCUUUAACUUCGACGACCAGACUUUAGACCACGUGGUCCAAUUUCUAAGCAACUGCCGCUCGCCGACUGGAGGUUUCGGAGGAGGACCUGGCCAGUAUGCCCAUCUGGCGCCCACCUAUGCGGCAGUGAACAGUCUUUGCAUCAUUGGAACCGAGCAGGCGUACCGUGCCAUCGACCGACCGACUUUGGUCCAGUUUCUGUUCAGUGUGCGUGAGUCAGACGGCUCCUUCCGGCUCCACGUGGAUGGUGAGACGGAUGUGCGUGGCGCCUACUGCGCCAUCUCCUGCGCCAAGCUGCUAAAUAUUCCCGAGCCAGUCAUAAAGGAGCUGUUCGCUGGCACUGGCAAUUGGAUAGCCCAGUGUCAGACAUACGAGGGAGGAUUUGGCGGAGCCCCUGGUCUGGAGGCCCAUGGUGGCUACACCUUCUGUGGAAUUGCCAGCUUGGCGCUGCUCAACGAAGCAGAUAAAUGCGACAGACAGGCCCUGCUCAGGUGGACACUGCGCCGGCAGAUGACCUACGAAGGCGGCUUCCAGGGGAGGACCAACAAACUGGUUGAUGGCUGCUACUCAUUCUGGGUGGGCGCCACCAUUCCUAUUACACAGGCUACGCUAUCCGGCGUCGACCAGCAAAUGGAGCACACCCUGUUCGAUGUGGAGGCCCUGCAGGAGUACAUCCUGCUCUGCUGCCAAAAACAGAACGGCGGGCUUAUCGACAAACCUGGAAAACCACAGGAUCUCUACCACACAUGCUACACCCUCAGCGGCGUUUCCAUUGCCCAGCACUCGGAGUGCGCCAACAGCCCACAGGUCCUGGGUGACACCAUUAACGAGCUACUGCCCACCCACCCACUGUUUAACGUCCCACCAAAGUCCGUUGCAGCUGCCAGAAGCCACUUCAGCAAUUCCAAUGACACAGAGUUCUUGGGAAAAGACAGUCCCAGCAAGGAGGAAAGUUAGGGCUUCAGGAUAGGAAGAGGCUUCAUAAUGAGGAGCUUUUCCUGGAUGGUGGUUUACCUUUAAAGAACGAAAUUUGCUUUAAUAAAUUACUAUUUGAAAUAUA